UCUUCUCGCCGAUCACAUGCUCGAGAAUCGUUCACGGGACCACACAGAUUUAAAAAAAAGCGCGUCGCCCUUGCCUAGAAAGAGUGAAAACUCCUCGAGUGCUCGAGCAAACGAGGCGCUCAUAUUUUAGCGCGCAGAUGCCCCUGUCCGGCUAUAAGCCAAGAUAAUGAUCUCGCUAAGCCACGCCAACAACGACAUGUCCGCCAGAUGCGCUUAUCGGCGGUGACAGAAAGGUGAUCAGAGCAAGGAGAUUAGCGUGCGUCCUGCUGCUACGUAGUGUGAUGCCGCCCAGCUCGCCCAGCUCGAGGAUCCUGGGACGGCCUUGUCGAUUCACUCCAUUGUCUCGUAGACAAUGAUGGAUGCAUUCUUAGAUGGGGCAUUCAUUGCAACGAGUGUGUAUGCUUCUCCGACGACAGGCAGGCUUUUGUGCGUUCAUGCUCGAUGCAAUGAUGUGCCGAGAAAGAGGAGCUAAAGAAGACCCCGUAGGCCUGAUGAUGGUUUCUAUGUCCAUUCUUACUCUCCUAAUUUCACCUGGAGAAUGGCGCAGCCACGGUAGUUGAAUCCCAGAGCAUCAUGACCUGAAACAGGUCCCAUCCUGCGUGCCCUCUUCUACUUGGAGCUUUCAGCCUGUGGAGUUGGGUUCACGAGCCAAGCGUAGAGCUUGGCCUGGACUUUCAGCGGCCCUAGUCCAUCAGAUUGGCGACCGUGGUCCAUAUUCCUGUUAUGCGGCGCGAGUCGUAUCCCAGCCGCUAGAUUACGCACUCACACAACCAUCCUUAACCUAAAUAGGAAUGAUCUGCUUCUGGUACAUAUUCGUGUGCCAAAUUUCCUUCUCUUGUAUUUGCCCCUCCAUUUAUUAUAAAAAGAGAGUUUUGAAAGAUAAACUGUGCUUUGACGCAACAUUAGAGGC